UACGCACACACUAAGUAGGCAAGCAAAUUGGAGUAAAUAUGGGGGUGUAAUGUAAACUAGAGCUUUCAUUGCAUUUACUGAAACCCCCCGCCAUUAAAGAGGGUUGGACCAAGUCUCAUCUUUGCUCAGCUCUAGUUGUCAUCAAGAUUUCAACUUUUUUGCUGUUUGUAUUUUAUUGAAUUGAGACCUCUAUGACCCUCCAUUUGGAAGCACCGAAAUUUGGGCUCAAGACUUUUUUUUUUGGGGGUGCCUCUAUCUAUCUGUCUGUAUGAUCAUCAGGAGGGAGGUUGCCUUUUUCUUUCUUUUCUGCACUUCACAGAUUCAUCCCUUCUUAUAUAUAUGUUGAUUAUUUUCAAUUCUUGUGCUUUUAUUGAGAAUUCUAUUGUUGUACAUAUUCACUUUGGUGCUAAAUCCCAUUGAUAGGAAUCAUAGGGUACUGUUUUGGUUGUUGAGUUUUGAUUUGAAUCUUUCUUGAUUGCUAGAGGAAGUUUGUGUUUUGAUUUUGUGUAUAUUGGGUUGAUUUUUGUAAGAGUUGACAACUUUUGGUUUAGCAAUAAGUAUGGGAGGAGCUUUGUGAAGAUUAGGGAAUUGAAUAGUCCUCUCUCUUAUAAGGGUUUUUGGAAGUUGUGGGACUUUUUAGGAGUGUUGGACUAGAUGGGGAAUACAUGUGUGGGACCAAGCAUUUCCAAGAAUGGAUUUUUUCAAUCGGUUUCGGCUGCAAUGUGGCCAUCUCGAUCUCAGGCUUCCUCUGGUAAUGAUGACAGUGUGAGAAGCGAAGCACGAGGAGGAGGUUCUGGUAGAGAACCCGAGUCGCCUAUGGUGGUUCAAAGUAAGCCACCAGAACAUAUGACAAUGCCCAAGCCACCAGAACCCGUGGCCAUGCCCAAGCCACCGGAACAUGUGACAAUAAUGCCCAAAACGGACACGGGUGAAAAACAGGCGAGUAAGGCUGAGAAGCGUGCAUACAUAAAGAGGGUGCCUAGUGCAGGGCUGAGGACUAACGUGUUACAAAAGAGAACUGGCAACUUGAAGGAGUUUUUCAGUAUAGGUAAGAAAUUAGGGCAGGGGCAGUUUGGAGUUACGUUUCUUUGUGUGGAGAAAGAAACGGGAAAGCAAUACGCGUGUAAAUCCAUUGCCAAGAGGAAGCUGUUGACAGAUGACGAUGUGGAGGAUGUUAGAAGAGAAAUUCAGAUUAUGCACCACUUGGCAGGACACCCGAAUGUUAUAUCGAUAAAAGGGGCUUAUGAGGAUGCUGUGGCAGUUCAUGUUGUAAUGGAAUAUUGUGCCGGAGGGGAACUUUUCGAUAGGAUUACACAACGGGGACAUUAUACAGAACGGCAGGCAGCUGAGCUUACUAGGACGAUUGUUGGAGUUGUGGAAACCUGUCAUUCAUUGGGGGUGAUGCACCGUGAUCUGAAGCCCGAGAAUUUUCUUUUUGUGGAUAAGCAGGAAGAUUCGCUUCUCAAAACAAUCGACUUUGGAUUGUCAAUAUUCUUCAAACCAGGUGAAAAAGUGAGUGAUGUGGUUGGCAGUCCUUACUAUGUUGCACCCGAAGUUCUACGAAAGCGUUAUGGUCCCGAGGCUGAUGUUUGGAGUGCCGGUGUGAUAGUUUACAUUUUAUUAAGCGGAGUCCCUCCUUUCUGGGCUGAAAAUGAGCAGGGAAUAUUUGAAGAAGUCUUGCACGGUGAGCUUGACUUCACAUCACAGCCAUGGCCUAGUAUAUCAGAGGGUGCUAAAGACUUGGUUAGGAGAAUGCUCAUACGGGACCCGAGAAAGCGUUUGACCGCCCAUGAAGUGCUAUGCCAUCCUUGGGUUCAAGUUGGCGGUGUUGCCCCUGACAAACCUUUGGACUCUGCAGUCUUGAGCCGAAUGAAGCAAUUCACUGCGACGAACAAGCUGAAGAAAAUGGCUUUGAGAAUCAUUGCAGAGAGCCUAUCUGAAGAAGAAAUCGCUGGGUUGAAAGAGAUGUUUAAGAUGAUAGACGCGGACAACAGUGGGCAAAUCACUUUCGAGGAGCUUAAAGCUGGAUUAAAAAGAGUUGGUGCCAAUCUCAAGGAGUCAGAGAUCUACGAUCUAAUGCAAGCUGCCGAUGUAGAUAACAGUGGAACAAUUGAUUACGGAGAGUUCAUAGCCGCAACAUUACAUUUUAACAAAAUCGAGCGAGAGGAUCAUCUGUUUGCUGCUUUCUCCUAUUUCGAUAAGGAUGGAAGUGGGUAUAUCACAGCAGACGAGCUUCAACAAGCUUGUGAAGAAUUUGGCAUCGAGGAUGCCCGCCUAGAAGAAAUGAUCAGGGAAGCCGAUCAAGAUAAUGACGGAUGCAUAGAUUACAACGAGUUCGUGGCCAUGAUGCAGAAAGGAAAUCCGGUGAUUGGCGGUGGAAAGAUAGGUCCAGAGCGGAGUUUCAGCAUCAGAUUUAAAGAGGCAAUAAGAGUUUAGGCUUUCAGGUUUUCCUUUUUAUUUGGUUCUCUAUAAUUUCUAAAUCUUUUUUUUUUUCUGUAUCCUCAAAUCUGCUGUAUAUUAGUGUUUUGCAUUAAGGCAUAGUUCUCUGGCAAACAAUGGCCAGUGUUUGCUGUUGUUUUCCCAAUUUCAAGAUUGUAUCUUCUUGUAUUGCCUCUUUAUAGAGCCAGCUAUAAUCCACCUGACUUUUAAGAUACAAA